AAAGACUCGACGUUCGGUUAGGUUAUACUCGACUUGGGCGUUCACCGUACCGGUUAAGAAAAAUAAAUCCGCGUUAUUUCGGAUCUUGAGUGCUCGACUUUAAAGAGCGGGCAUUUCGAGCGCUGAUAUGGGGCGCGGUAACUCCCCGCGGUGCUGGGCGGUGGCCAUUUUCGUGUUGGCAAGGCUGUCCACAGUCCUAACACAAACACCAUGCCAAAGGAAUGAUUUUCAGACGGGGUCGGUGCUUUCGGUCAGCGUGGAUGAAGGCACAAAUCCGCAAUUCAAUAGCGUAUUUUUCGACAACUACCGUGACCAGAUCCCUAUAGCGGGGAACUUCGGCCAAAACGGGCUGUCAGUCACCUUCAACCAGGGACAGAAUUCGGACCUUCCGCCCCAACAAUACUUUACCUUAGAAAGUGUUGGUGGUUCCGGCAUAUUCGUCCGCCUUAUAAACACCCUGGACAGAGACGGGACGAUUACUGGUGUUGUCAGGGACUCUGUAACAUACGAUUUGUUAUGUACAUUCAACGGAAAUCCCACUUCGUACACCCUGGUGAUCACAAUACGAGAUGUAAAUGAUAAUGUACCCGUUUUUACAAAUCUACCCACAGUUGUCACAAUUAAUGAGCUGCGGUAUACAGGUCUGUCUGUGUACGAUGUGAAUGCCGAGGACAUUGAUGCCGGGGUUAAUGCUAUCAUUACCUACUCCAUCAUUUCCGGGAACAAUAACAACAAGUUUGCCAUUGACGGUUCCGGUCUGGUUACCUUUGCUGAAAGGCUUGAUUAUGAGACCCAGAAUUUCUAUGCCCUUACAAUCAGGGCACAGGAUAAUGGAGUGGAUAUCCAGCAGUCAACAACAGCGUUUCUUAAUGUGACCGUCCAAGAUGGGAACGACAAUUCGGCGGCAUUUAUAUCAACCAACUGUUUGACAGAUACACGAGGGUUUUGUGUCCGGGCCAAAUAUACCGCGACCAUUCUCUCAGGGUCCUCAAGUGGGCGUGUGAUUGUGAGCCCAUGGGACGUGAGAGCAAGGGACAAGGACACACUUCAGGCUGCCGUGGAUUUCUCCAUCUUUAGAACUGUUCCAGCAGGGUACGAGACUUCAUUCAGUGUGAGCACGUCUACUACGGGCUUUGACAACUUUCAGCAGUACUACACGGCUUCUAUUUCACAAACACAGACUAUUAAUAGAAACAACCUGGCUUCAACCAAUGGAUACAUAACCAUCACAGUUGCAGCUGUUGAGAGGACUUCUCCAAAUUUUGAGUCCUAUGCUGAUAUAGAACUGUUUGUGAUGAACGCCAACCUGUUUCCGCCAUCAUUGGUCUCUGUGUCCGGCUCAAAUAAUGGACUCAUUUCCGAAGCUGCCACUGUUGGGGACUUUGUGACCUACUCAACUUUCGGCCAAAAUUUCCGAUUUAUGCAGCUUAAAGUCACUGACCAGGAUUAUUUCACAGAUGAAGAAAUAGACAUGACCAACUACUUUAUCUCGACCAAUCUGAACAACUUGUUCACCAUUACAAGUGAUGGGUUUGUUCAAUUGGCCAGUUCCGGGCUUGACUUUGAGGCUGCUACAAGCAACCCCAUCUUACUAGAGGUUGUAGUCAGGGAAACCAACUCUGCAAAUCAGUUCAGUACCACAACGACCUUGACCAUCAGUAUCUCCGACGCUAAUGACAACUCUCCAGUGUUUCCCCCAAACGCGUAUGAAGUCUCAUUCCAAGAAGGAACCUACCAGUUUAACACCUUCAACAACAACCAACCACUUGACUUGAUAACAGUGACUGCCACAGAUGCGGAUGCAAGCUCACAGUUUAGAACCAUCACUUACAGUAUCUCUGAUGUGAGCGAUAAUGGUGGGGGUCUUUUCAUUAUAAGCCCGACCUCUGGCCUGUUGGAAGCAGAUGGCACAUUCGUCGGUCCAAUGGUUUACACUGUUAAAGUUCAGGCCUCCGAUGGAGAAAGAUCCACCGAAACAGCUGUCAUAGUGACUGUGACGGACACGGGUAUUGCUUCCCCAUCAUUCCCUACCCCCACGAUAAACAUCGUUGUGAGUGAAGGUGCCCUCUCAGGGGCCUCUGUGUAUACCGCCAUGGCCUCUGACCCAGAUGGGGACACACUGACAUACUCUAUGAAUCAGCUAAACAACAACCAGAACACUCCAGACUUUAGUAUCACCAAUGGAGGUGAGGUUCGUGUAAGGUUGGCAUCCAACAGCCAGGCUGGCGUGAAGGUUCUUAACCGAGAAUCUCGAACAUCUUACAUCUACUUGAUAACUGCACGUGACCCUACCUCGCUUACAGCCUCCAUGACGCUAAGCAUCAGCAUUUCAGACAUCAACGACAACAAUCCAAUAUUCCGUAAUGCCCCAUACUUCUUCUCUGUCAGUGAGAAUGAAAUUGGAGUUUCAGUUGGUAUAAUCACUGCUACAGAUGCAGACCAGGCAGAUACACCAAACUCCCAGGUGUUUUACUCUCUGCCUAACACAAAUCAGUUCACCAUCAACUCCCAGUCCGGCCAAAUCUCUGUUAUUGGUUCCCUGGACUACGAGACCCGAAACCAGUACGUUCUGAUUGCCGAGGCCAGCGACAGUGCGGUAGAUCGCAGAACAGGAACAGCUACUGUGACAAUAAAUGUUCUGGAUGUGCAAGACCAAGUACCGCUCUUUGUGGAGACAUCUGUUACUGCUGUCAUUCCAGAGAGCGCGAACAUUGGGGCUGUUGUUGCUACACUUGAAGCGAUUGAUGCUGAUAAUGUUCCAAAUGUCCAGUAUGUGCUGUCUGGCCCAAACAGUGGGGAUUUCACUGUCCGGAACAUCAACGGUAUCGCCAACAUUCUCGUCAAUGGCAACCUGGAUUACGAGACUCGGCAGACAUACAGUCUGGUGUUAGAUACAACUGAUGGUCAGAAUAGUAACAUUGCUGGUACAAGGGCAUCUCUCUUCAUAACUGUUCUGGAUGUAAAUGAGUUCGCGCCUGCCUUAAUCAUUCCUGACUCCAUCAUCAGUGUAACGGAAACUCGUACUAUUGGCUCUGUUAUGACUCAGGUCUCUGCAACCGACGGUGACAAUGCUCCUAACCAGUUGUCAAGUGGUAUAUCGUUCCGUAUCGUGAGCGUUACUCCAUUCUCAGGAACUGAUCUGUUCACCAUCCAACCGUACGAUGGCCGGGUGUUUCUCACCAACUCCUUGCUCUCUGAUGUUGACCGUCCAAAUCAGUACCAGCUAACAAUUGAGGCCAAUGACAAUGAUGUAAACCCAAGGACAAACACUGGUGUUCUCACUAUCAAUGUGAACAGAAACCGGGGCCCACCAGUGUUCAACCAGAACGGGAACUAUUUCGCCACCAUUGAUGAAACUCUAUCUGUCACUAGCACUGUACUGACAGUCACUGCAACAGACUCUGAUAGCACAGCAGAGCCGGUCAUGUACGCUGUUUCACCAGCGGACUUUGGGGCAUAUUUCUUCAGUGUCGGUGAGAAUAGUGGAGUGCUUUCAGUUCGCACCUCCCUGACAUCAGAUGAUAACCUCUCGUACACUGUACGCAUUGUUGCCAUGGAUACCGGUGGUCUGUCAUCAACUGCCACUGCUCAGAUCACAGUGAACCGUAACCUGAACACCCCCACAUGGCUUCAGACUGCUUACACGAGCACAAUUCCGGAGAAUUAUGCCCAGUACACUGAAGUUCUUCAACUUCGAGCCUCUGACUUGGACACCCAGGCACCACACAGAAGUCUUGUGUACUCGAUCUCUAACUCAAACAGUAACGCAGCCAGUUACUUUACAAUCACUAGUACAGGAGUUCUACAGCUUACCAGGACAUUGGUGGGAACUUCAGGAAACUUCCAGUUUGAGGUGACAUUAAGUGACCAAGGACAGCCCCAGUCUAGAACUGCGCUUGAUCGUGCCACUGUGACUGUGACAGUAACAAGGAAUGAGUUUUCUCCCUUGUUCUUCAACUCUACCUACUACACAACCAUCCUAGAGUCCACAUCAAUUGGCAAUUCUGUGAUGACAGUAUCAGCUCAGGACCAAGACACUAAUUCACAGUUUAACCAGCUGACAUUCCAAGUGAUCGGUGAUGACACAGCUUCGACCUACUUUUCCAUCGCACAAUUUGGGACAUCUCAGAACACAGCAACUAUAACAGUCCGUUCCAAUCUUGCCAACGAAAACAGGGAUAGAUAUUAUGUGCGUGUUUUGGCCACUGACAAUGGUAUCCCAGCUCGCAGUGCAACGGCUGUGGUGAUUGUGGACAUCACACGCAACUUUCAGGCCCCUAUCUGGACCAGCAAUGCUCAGUUUGGGGCCACAAUACCGGAGACCCAGGCCCUUGGAGUUCCAUUUUUGGUUGUUUCGGCAACUGAUGGUGACUCCCAGCCACCUCACAACACUGUGUACUACACCCUCGUGUCAGCAAGCUACAACACCAAUACUGGACAAGUUGUUGAUGUCCUCCCGUACUUCCAGCUGAACUCAGCCACUUCAGGGGAGAUUAGCCUGCGACAAGCACUUGUCAAUGAAGUGGCUCGCCCUGCCAGAUACACUCUGGCAGUCAGGGCAACUGACGGGGGUACACCUCAGAGAGAAGCAUCAACUCUGGCCACAGUGACGGUGAACAUCUUGCGUAACACAAACGCACCCCAGUUCAUCGUAGGUUCUUACAGUACAAGCAUCCCAAAGACUCAACCAAUUGGGCAGAGCAUUUUCGCCGUAACUGCUACUGAUGCUGAUGCUACUUCUGGCAACAGUUUAUUCGGAGUGGUGAAAUACCGCCUAGUGGGCGCGAACACGGCCCUCAGCUACUUCAGGAUUGAAGCAGACACGGGAGAAAUUUCACUGUUCCAGAGCGUAGAGACAGACACAACCACCAUCUACACUCUUCUAGUGCAAGCGUAUGACAAUGGUUACCCGGCCCUGUUUGAUACGGAAACAGUCACUGUGACUGUUACGCGGAAUACCCUGCCCCCCACAUUCAAUCAGCUUAUCUACGGAGUUACCAUUCUUGAAACACAGACACUUGGCAACACCAUCAUCACUGUGUCGGCUACCGAUCCAGACUCACUGCAGAACACAUUCAACAAUGUGGAGUACUUUGCCACUGGUACCCAAGAAGCUCUUCAGUAUUUUGACCUGAACCCAUCCACGGGCGCGAUCUCCGCAAGGCAAUCCCUGCAGAAUGACGUCUUGUCCGGCAAUGAUGUUUAUACUAUGACAGUAUAUGCCCGUGAUUACGGCACUCCAAGAAUUCAGAGCAAUGACUUCGCCACAGUGACAAUCACCGUGAUUCGUAAUGAGAACUGUCCCGUGUUCCAAAACACGCCUUACAGCACCGACAUUUCCCAGAGUGUUGCCACUGGAACCAGCGUCUUCUCCGUCACUGCCACUGAUGCUGAUGGUACCCAGUUUGGUGCAGUGUCCUAUACCAUUGUUGGGGACAACGAGGCAGUGAACUUGUUCAGAAUUGAUCAGAAUGGAGUGGUCCGCACAACUGAUUCCUUGUUUGGAAGAUCACAGGAAACUUACGCUGUGCGCAUACGAGCCUCAGACAAUGGAAACCCUGCUUGCUCCACGUUUGAGGUUGUGUACUUCAGCCUAACGCUGAACGAAAACACCCCUCAGUGGCUCCAACCCUCGGUCAGCACAAACUACCAGGACACAACCUCCGUUCUUGAGUCUGUCGGCUUCAACACGGCAAUCUAUACCUUCCAGGCUCGCGAUAAUGAUGUGGCCGCUCCCUACAACACAUUGAAGUACACAGUUACUGGUGAUAACACCGCACCCCUCUACUUCUUCGUUGACGAGACAUCUGGAGAAGUAAAGCUACGGUCAGCCCUGUAUUCUGACCAGUCACAAGCUCAAUACAUUUUGACAGUUGCUUUGGCUGACCAGGCGGGCAGGAGCAAUGUUAACACAGCCACUCUGACAAUUAAUGUGAUCCGCAAUCAGAACACGCCAUAUUUCAUCAACCUUCCUUACCGAAUUGACAUCAGUGAAUCCACUGCCCUUUCCCAAAGCAUAUUCACGGUGACGGCACUUGACGCAGACCAGGGAAACUCAUUUGGCCAAAUUACAUACAGAGCAACAGGCGAUGGCAAUGCCCCGGCAUUUUUCGCAGUCAAUGCCAAUACCGGAGUGAUAUCAGUCACCCAGAAUCUUGCUGGAAACACUGAUGUAGUAUACAACCUGCGAGUGACUGCAUACGACAAUGGUGUACCCAGUCUCAGCAACAGCACCAUUGUUUACAUUACAGUAGAUAGGAAUAGGAAUGCACCUGUUUUCUUCCCAGCAUCGUACAAUGCUCAAGUCGCUGAUAAUGGAAUCCUGGGGUCUGACGUGGUUCAGGUCUUGGUGUCAGAUGCAGACUCUGUACCUCCAUACAACAUUGUGAAAUGCUUCCUUCGUUCUUCGUCAGGAAGUCAAUACUUUUUCAUUGACGAGGACUCCUGUAUCAUCUAUCUUGCCCGCAAUAUCGCUCUUGACGCAAAUGCUCCAAACACAUACUCUCUAACUGUUGGUGCCUUCGACAUGGGCAUACCUUCCAGAUCAGCUAUACAAGAUGCCACUAUCUUCAUUUCUGUACAAAGAAACCAAUUCUCCCCUGUCUUUAGUAAUGCGCCUUACAGACGAACCAUUCAGCAAUCUCUGGGUGUAGGAAGCUUCGUCGAGAGAGUGACAGCCACAGAUGCAGACACUGUUUCCCCAUUUGGAGAUGUGACACUGAGGAUAAUUGGUGAUGAUGAAGGAACUGUGUAUUUCAGCUUUAGUCCAAGUUCAGGAAACAUAACAUUGGCAAGAGACCUAAGUCUGGAUUCUGCUUCAUUUUACCAGCUACGUAUUGAGGCCAGGGAUGGCGGUAAUCCUGCCAGAAGCUCUACAUCUUUGGUUGCCAUCAGUGUCAACAGAAACCUUUUUGAUCCACAGUUCACACAGCAAUCCUACAAUAUUACCAUUGAUGAGACACAGUCACUGGGAGUAAAUAUUCUCCAAAUCAGUGCCUCAGAUUUGGACAGCAGAGCCCCACACAAUGUCAUCACCUACAGCAUGAGAGAGACAAAUUUAAACUCCCUAGCAGCCCAGUUUUUCACCAUCAACUCUGCCACAGGGGCCGUCACUCUGAGACAGUCUCUGCUGAAUGACAAUGCUGAUACACGCAGAUACACAUUCUCUGUCUCGAUUACUGACAAUGGAAUACCACCGAGAUCCUCAUUCAAUACAGCAAGUGUUGAGGUUAAUGUGAUCCGCAACACUGUUGCACCAUUCUUUGUAGGCACACCAUAUGAUACAACAAUUGACUACAAUGCAAACAUAGGAGCUCAAAUAUUUGUUGCCACUGCCCAGGACAACGACAUUGCACCAUAUAAUACAAUCACAUACGACCUGAUUGGUGAUGGAGAUGCCAUAGUUUUCUUCAGGAUUGACUCCAACACGGGUGUGGUCAGUCUACAGCAAAGAAUCACCCAAGAGUCAGCCACUCAGUACAGGCUGACAAUUCGUGCACGUGACUCUGGGAGCCCACAGCUGUUUGACACAGAGACAGUAUUUGUAACAGUACGACGUAACCUGUACACACCCACUUUCUCAGCGCAGGCUUACACUGCCACCAUUCUUGAAACACAAGGACCUGGCACCAGCAUACUCACAGUCCGAGCAUCUGACCUUGACCCUUCGAGUCCAAACAAUGAGAUGCGCUACUUCAUUGACGAGACGGUGACAAGGUUCAGCCUUGACUCUGUAACGGGUGUCAUGUACAUCCAGGUCAAUCUCUAUAAUGAGGCCCAAGAUGAGUACACGUACAACGUUCGUGCACGAGACCGUGGUUCUCCCCAGCUGACCAGCGAGAUUGUACCCAUCACCAUCUAUGUGCUGAGAAACAAGUUCGCGCCCACAUUCAUCAACGAAAUCUAUACCGCUGACAUCACUGAUGGUUACCGGCAGGGUGCCACCAUACUCACUGUUACAGCAACCGAUCAAGAUGACACUAGGCCAUUCAAUGUUGUGACCUACAGCAUUAUCGGAGAUGACAAUGCCCCCAGUCUUUUCUCCAUUGAUUCCAACAGUGGCCAGAUCUCAUACAGCACAAAUAUUAACGUUGACAGUGCAGCACAGUAUAGAGUACGUGUAUUGGCAGCUGAUGGUGGUUUCCCGUCCCUGAUGGACACAACCAUAGUGUACUUAAACAUCACAAGGAACCGAUUCUCGCCGUCAUUUACACAGACCCAGUACAACACUCAGAUCGCAGAGUCCCAGAGUCUUGGAACCGAGAUAAUCCGGGUCUCCGCUACCGACCGGGACACAGCUGCCCCAUACAACGUGGUUCGCUACUCAUUAAUUGGGAGUGUGCGAGCCCAGGAGUACUUCCAGGUGUCGCCAUCUACAGGAGUUAUCUCCCUUAUCAGGCCCGCUUACAACAACACACUGGACAGCCAGUAUACGCUGACAAUAACAGUGCGAGACCUGGGGAACCCUUCACGGGCAGGCACCAACACUGCAACAGUGACUGUGGGCGUGUACAGGAACCAGUUCCCGCCUGUAUUCCAGACAACUCCAUACUCAGCCACCAUCAACGAGAACAUAAACAAUGGGGCAUCCAUAUUUAGGUUUACAGUAACAGAUGCUGAUACACAGUCUCCAUUCAACCUGGUUGGAGUGACAGCUAUCGGAGACGACCUGGCACCCACCUAUUUUUACCUUGAGUCUGUCAGCUCAUCUCAGGGGUCGAGCGUGUACAAUGUCCUUGUACAGGAUGCCCAGGACCUCGCCAUUGACACAGCUAACCAAUAUCAGUUGAGGCUGUAUGCAGUGGAUGGUGGAAAUGUGUUGGGCCCUGGCCUUGCCAGUCGCUCUGCCGUGGAGAUCUUGUACAUUACUGUGCGUAGAAACACAUUCCCGCCCGUAUUUACAAACGCUAACAACCUGCAGGCUACCAUCUCUGAAGAUGCUUUUGCUGGGUCCUUUAUUGUGCAGCUCACUGCUACGGAUGAUGAUGAAAAUGCCCCAGACAAUGUUGUGCGCUAUGAGAUAGUUGGGGACGGACAGGCACCAAACUAUUUCUACAUUAACCCAGUGGAUGGCCGAAUCUCCCUGCUUGCAUCUGUAGAGAACACUGCAACCAGCUUCUACAAGAUCCAAGUGCGAGCGACUGAUGGGGGGUUCCCAACACUUUCCGAUACAACAUUUGUGGAUGUGACUGUAACCAGGGUUACGGAAGUACUUCAGUUCUCCUCCCAAGACUACCAAGUCACAAUCACAGAGAACGUCGCUGUGGCCUCCUCAGUUUCCAGAGUUCAGGCCCAACCUGGACCCGAUAUAGUGUACACUAUAGUUGGGUACAGCAGCGGUCCUGAUUACUUCAACAUCAGCUCCUCCAAUGGCCAGAUCUACCUCCGUAACCACCUUACAGGUGAUCUCAACAAGAAAUCUGUCUACUACUUGAGGGUUCAAGCUAGGAAAGCCUUCAGCACUGGAGUACAGACAGCUUUUGCAAAUGUCACUAUCAACGUCCAGAGGAACCUGAAUGCACCAAGAUUUGAUCAGCUGCUAUAUGAAGUGUCAAUCUCUGAAAAUACCGCCCUCGGAAAUAGCGUUCAACAAGUUCGAGCCAUCGACAAUGAUGUCAUUGACACAGUUCGUUAUGAAAUGCGGACUCUGCAGAAUGGUGGUACUGGAUUUGAUGUGUUUUACUUGGGCCCUUUCUCCGGCCUCAUCUCACUGCGAAGCAUACUCACAAACACCAACAUCAAUAGAUAUGAGUUCCUGGUUGUUGCACGUGACCAAUCCUCCCCGGAGAAGACCGGAACUGCCACUGUGCGUGUGAACAUACUUCGUAGCCAGCAGCCCCCUGUGUUUACGAACAGCCCGCCCUAUAGUACAACAAUCAACAGAGGAGAGGGCGUUGGAACUGUAGUGUACUCUCGCUCAAGGGCUGUGGAUAGCGAUCUUCAGGGCCAGCUAGUGUAUGGUCUGACAGGCAGGUAUUUCAGCGCAGCCUCGUUCUUUACCAUAGACAGAAACACUGGAGAUAUCAGGGUUGCUAAUGACCUUGACCUUGAUACAAGCCUUUCAUACACUUUGGAGCUGUUGGCCUAUGACAGUGCAAUGCCGAGUCAGGUUGCUUACACCAACAUCACCAUUAGUGUAACCCGAAACCCCACAGCUCCCGUCUUCACCACCCAGGACUACGAGAGGACUAUCACUGAGAACUUUGUGCUGGGAUACAGUCUGGUCCAGAUCUUUGCUGAGGAUGAUGACAAUGACUUUGUCAGGUGUGACAUAGAAAGCAUCUCAGCACCAAAUGUUUUCCAACCUCCAACCAAUCUAGAGGACUACUUUUACUUGAAUCCCUACACCUGCCUUCUCACAGUACGCCAAUCUCUAACCACAAUUGGGGUCGGCGCUGUCAGCAUGACCGUACGGGCCACAGAUGAUGGCAUCCCUCCAAGGUCCUCUGCAGUGAAUGCCCAAGUCAGGAUCAACAUCAUCCGCAAUGAAAAUGAUCCGGCAUUCAUCAACACGCCUUACAUCAGAACAAUCUCUGAGACUACAUCAGUGGGAACCAGCAUACUGACAGUCACUGCCACUGAUCAGGACAACGUGAACGAGGCAGUCCGGUUUGAGGUGAUUGGUGAUGAAACAUUUGAAAUCUACUUCGACUUUGAUUUGAGGACUGGGCUCAUUUGUGUUGGAAGAUCUCUUCUUGAGGAGAAACGUGACUAUUACAUUGGGCGAAUAAUGGCCUAUGACAUGGGCUCUCCACCGCGUAGUGCUGUGGUCACUGUUCGCAUCAACAUUGAUCGUAACAUUCACCCACCUGUGUUCAACCCUCUUGUGUAUAAUGCCACAAUCAUGGAGACUGACCCAACCAACACACUCGUUAUGACGAUCACAGGUUCUGAUGCCGAUAGGCUGCUACUGGACCACUGGAACACAAUAUGUUACACAGUGGUGAAUGUUGUCCAGAACAUCCCCAGCCAGAACAUCACUUUCAGCCCAUACUUCCAUCUGAAUUGCCGCACUGGACAGUUGAAAAUCUGCCUGCCACUCUACUAUGAUCGCUCUGACAACACUGCGUACAGGUUCUCUGUGCAGGCAAAGGACAAUGAGGACAGGAUAUCAACCCAGAAUGCCCAGGUGACCAUCAACGUGAUACGAAACCUGUUCCCGCCCGUUUUCCGAAACAUGCCAUACUCCACAACCAUUCCGUGCACAGCCGGGGCAGGAUAUCGCGUCCUGCAGGUGGACAGCACUGAUGCAGACACUGUUAAACCAUACAACUCUGUGCGUUACUCGAUCAUCGGAGACAACAUGGCUCCAGAGAGAUUCUACAUCAACCCGGCAACAGGUGUCAUCUACACCUCCACAAAAAAUAUAUUGCCUGAUAGAGAUACCUUUGUUGUCCGUGUGCUGGCUGAGGAUGGUGGUACCCCAAUGCGGUCGUCCACGGCAACUGUUGUGAUAUCAGUGGACUGUAAUCUUCACACACCAGUCUGGCUCCAAACUAACUACACAGUGACAGUGAAUGAGGUGCAAGACCUGGGAGUCGACAUUCUCACUGUCCGAGCUGUCGAUCAGGAUCUUAGGGCUCCAUACAACCAGCUUGUAUUUACCGCAGUGGACAGGUCAUCCAAUGAUAUCCUUGACUAUGUUGAUGUGACAGCUGACUCUGGAGAAGUCUACAUUAAAAGAUCACUUACACUUAUAAACAGGGAUACAAUUGUGUUUGAAGUAUCCGUCAGUGACAUGGCUAUGACACCAAGGAUUGCCAUGGGCAAUGCUUUCGUGACGAUAAACAUAAUACGUAACAUGUACCCUCCUGUAUGUGACGACAAGUCAUGUGACAUCAUGCUCACCACGUCAUACAGGCCGGGAACCUUCCUCACUCAAGUGUGCUGCUCAGAUGCUGAUGGCAGGGAUGUACCUUUCGGUCAGGUUAGAUAUGCAAUUAUCGGGGAUGAGAAUGCGGCAAACAUGUUCAUGAUCGAUGAACUCACUGGAGGUAUCAGUGUGGAAGGAGAAUUGAACUUCACCAGACCUUACAGGAUUCGUGUUCAAGCUCGUGAUUUGGGUCGCCCAGCGAAGUACGGUUACAAGGUUUGUCACGUGGGAGUGGAACAGAACUUCCAUGCCCCCUACUUCCUGGAUACGGUUUACACGGCAACCAUCCGCAACUGUGAGUUCUUCCCGCUUGGUGCCACUGUCCUUACUGUGGCUGGCAGGGAUGAUGAUUUGGCUGCUCCACAGAAAACUGUUCGUUAUCGACUGGUUGACGACAAUGAGUGUUUCCUGUUGAACCCUGUCACUGGAGACCUUGCCCUUCGCGGCUCACUGAACUAUGAACCUUGCGCAGCGGGUGUCUUCAAUAUGCGAGCAGAGAUCUGUGACAUGGGCACACCGCAGUUAUGUGGGGCCUAUGUUGAUAUUCGGGUGAAUGUUCUCAACAAUGAUAACGCUCCAAUCUUCAUUAGCGACCCAUACUCAAAGACCCUCUCUGAUAGUGCCUCUGUUGGCAGCCUUGUGUACUGUCCAACUGCCAACGAUUUUGAUGCUGAGCCUCCAUGCAACACACUGUCCUACUCCUUCUGUGACGACACAUCACGCAACUAUUUUGCGAUCAACUCUACAACGGGUUGUGUGACCCUUGCCAAUACUCUACCGUUGGACUGUCGAUAUCAGAUCUGUCUCCAAGUAAAUGAUGGUGGCCUUCCGUCUAAGUACGACACAACCACCCUGACUGUGAAUAUCAACUGCAACAAAUUCAGCCCGGUAUUUGACCGCACUUUGUAUGACUGCGAUCAGACAACAAUUUACGAAGAUCAGGUGUUAGGAGAGGAGAUUGUAUGUGUGACAGCGACUGACGCUGAUGAUCGCACACCAUAUAACGAUAUAAGGUAUACCACAUCUGGUAUUGAUUCCACGAAUGCUCUGACGUACUUCGCUGUUUCACCAAAUGAUGGAUGUGUGUACCUGAGAAGGUCCUUGACAACUGACAAUUUCCAGCAGAGCAACUUCACUCUUUACAUUAGCGCAUAUGACCUCGGCACUCCCCAGAGGACCAGCGACCAGCAGGUUCGUGUGAACCUCUGUGUCAUCAGGAACCGUUUCUGCCCCAGAUUUAACAACCUACCAGAGGAAAUAACUAUCUCUCAGUCACAGUCUACAUUUGCUAGGGUCUUCAAUAUCUCGGCCACUGAUGGUGAUGCCAAUGUGCUUGAUGGUCGGUUCAGCCAGGUGAAGUACACUUUGAUUGGGGAUGACAAUGCCCCUGUCUUGUUCAACAUUGACCCGGACCGUGGAUUUGUUACUGUUACCAGCAAUGGCCUUCUUAGUGACAGUGCCAGUGUCUACCAGCUGCGUGUUCGAGCAGCUGAUGGCAGCAGUAUCCUUUGCUACUCUGACUCUGUCCUCACUAUCAAUGUGCUUCGUAACGAGAAUUGCCCUGUGUUUGCGCCUUCACGCCUGUACCAGGCGACAAUCACAGAGUCACAGGGGACUUCUGGACCUGUCAUAACUGUUACAGCGAACGACCGUGACAUUCAUUCCCCGUAUAACACAGUUCGGUACAGCCUUGCGAGCUUCUCGAACAACCGUGACCUAUUUUACAUUGAUGCUGCUACGGGACAGUUAUAUCUCCGGGCCAGUGUCAGCGGAGCUACCAGCAACCAGUACAAUGUGACAAUAAUUGCCCAAGAUGGAGGGUUCCCGUCCUGUCAGGAUAAUGCUACAGUGAUUGUGAACAUUCUCCGCAACCAGUUCCCCCCAGUCUUUGAUAAUGAGCUAUACUCAAAAACCAUUGUCUGCAAUGAGGCAGUCAACACAAAUCUCCUGACUGUUUCUGCAACAGAUGCUGACACUCGGGCUCCAUUCAACAGCCUGCAGUAUGACAUUAUCGGUGACGAUGCUGCUGCAACAUUUUUCCGUAUUAACUCUGUGACAGGAGCCAUCACAUUACAGACCUCUGUCAGUGCCGACACUCAAGAUAGAUACUAUAUUCGAGUACGUGUCCGUGAUGGUGGCAGUCCAGCUCGAUCGGACACCACGGUUGUGGUUGUGUAUGUAACGAGAAACCUUUCCCCACCCGUGUUCAGCCCUCUUCAGUACACUCAGACAAUCGCAGAUACGUGCGAUAUUGGUGGACCCAUUCUGUUCCUGACUGCUACGGAUUCAGAUUUCUGUGACCCAAACAGUGGCGUGCGUUAUGCACUGCGUGGUAACAACGAUGUGCUGGACUACUUUACAGUGAAUGAAAUCAGUGGGGCUGUCAUGCUCCGGCGAUCUGUGUUCCCUGUAGAAGGAUGUGUGGAGGACCAGACUUUCUCUUUUGAAGCUACCGCCUUCGACCUAGGAAGACCUGAUUCCCUUGAGGCACAGACCCGAGCCAGUAUCUCCAUUCGCAUUGAGUGUAACAGGUUCACCCCACAGUUUGUCAACGAGCCAUAUGCAAGAACAAUACAGGAGACUUUCCCAGUGUUAUCUUCCGUGUACAGGGUGACGGCCUCAGACAGUGACACAAGGACCCCAUUCAAUGUUGUGAGGUAUCGCAUGAUUGGAGAUGAUGUUACACCAACAUACUUUGGUAUCAAUGAAGCAAGUGGAGUUAUCAGCCUUAGAAACGUCAGCCUUCUCCAAGAUGCGGCCACCACCUAUACAGCCCGCAUUGAGGCGUAUGAUGGAGCGUGUCGCACCAGAACAGCCACAAGUACCGUGAGAAUCACUGUUCCCCGCAACCUGUGUGACCCGAUAUUUGACCGUACAGAUACUUACAGUGUCAACAUUCUGGAAACCGCCCCAGUUGGCUCACUUGUGUAUGACCUUGACACUUAUGGCCUCGAUAUUCAAGCUCCUGAGAACACGCUGAGGUAUAGUUUGUGCCCCAAUCAAGGCAACACAGGAUUCUUUGAUGUCAACUUUUUCAAUGGGAAGAUAACUCUGCUCCAGUCAUUCGAGAACGUCAACACCAACUUCUUUACGGUGUGUGUGGAGCUGGUUGAUGGAUGCAGUCCGCCACGUACAUUACAGAGAAACGUCAAUGUGAAUGUGGUCCGGGUGAGCACAGAGACACUGCAGUUCACUCUCCAAACCUGCUAUUCUGUCACCAUUCCCGAGACUGAACGGGUUGACCAGUCCAUCAUACAGACCUUGGCUAAUCCUGGUAACCCAACCUAUAGCAUUAUAAGCUUUGAGCCAGGCACAACCUACUUUGGUAUCAAUCCAAAUACUGGCAACAUCUUCAUACGCAGAAGCCUGUUGGAAGAUCCGGUAUACCUGACUUUCUACAGACUUCAGAUCCAAGCCAGAGCUGUGAUUGGUGGUGUGGAACAGACUGCGGCUGCUUGUGUGAACAUUACAGUGACCCGUAACUCUAACUGCCCUGUGUUUAUUGGGGCCCCAUACUCCACAGCGAUCAGUGAGAACCUAGUUGUCGGCCGGUCGGUUGCGAGUGUGCUAGCAAGGGAUGGCGAUGGUGAUGCUAUCAGGUACACAAUUAUUAGCAACACCCAGGAUCAGUACCCGUUCUACCUGAACCCGUUUUCUGGGCUGAUUUCACUGACCACGUCCCAGUUUAACACAAACGUCCCGUCCUACACCUUCACUGUACAGGCCAGUGAUCAACGACCAGAACCAUGUGUCACCACUGCUCAGGUGACGGUCGUCGUUAACCAGGUGUGUACAGGUUCACCUCAGUUCUCGCAAGGCCCAUACUCAGGAACAGUCCGGGAAAAUGAAGCGAAUGGCACUGUUGUCACCUCAGCAUCGUGCUUCGAUAAUGCCCUCACCGGCAGUAUCGUAUAUGAGCCGUAUGGGUAUUCAUUGGCUGCUGCCUAUUUCGAAAUUGACAGACAGACUGGCAGUGUAUUUGUAUCUAACUCCAAUGCUCUCAGAUUGCACAGAGGAUAUUCUUACAGUUUCCCAAUACAGUGCUAUGAUUCCGCGUGCCCAGACAGGAAGGUAUACUCAGACGUUUCUAUAACUGUGGAGUGCAGCACAAAUGUUCCCGUUUUCCAAACUUCAAGAUAUUUCAAAACCAUUUUCGAGACAUGGGAACUUGGCACUGAGAUCCUGGCAAUAACAGCCAGUGACAAUGAUGGAGACGUGAUCACAUACUCAAUUACCGGUGAUGCUUUCGGAACAAGUUCCCGAAUUGAGGAGUUUUACUACAUUGUGUCGACCACUGGCGACAUCUACCUGAAGAAACCUUUGACCGAGGGAACUCAGCUCACUGAUAAUAUUGGGCUGCGGGCGUGUGACUCCCGAUGUGGUACUCCCCAGUGUGGGACAGCAGUGUUUACGCUUACAAUCCAGCGAGACCGCUUCAGCCCCUUCUUGCAGCCUUGCAGUGCAACCAUUGGCACAGAAUGUGAGAUCAACUCACUUGUAACCCAGGCUAGGGGCACUGAUGGCGAUCUCAUUGGCCAAAUAAGAUAUGUUGCUGAUGGUGAGAACCCAUACUUCAAUCUCAACUCAACCACUGGUCAGAUACGCCUCCAAUCAUGCCUGACCUCUGACACUGCGGCCGUCUACUACAUGCGACUGCGUGUAUUUGACACAGAGUAUCCAGCUAGACAGGGAACGGGGACAUGUACGAUCUUCGUGAACAGGAACCCCAACCCCCCAAUAAUAACAUCACCCACCUGUGCAGCAUCCAUCUCUGAAAAUGCAAAUCUCGGACUACGAGUGUUCAACAUCACUGCUUCUGAUGCUGAUGGUGACAAAUUAAGGUACAGAUUUAGCGGUUUGACAGACUCUGUGGUUGCAAACACAUUCUUCCUGGAUCCUGACACUGGCAGCGUCAUUCUGAAGUCUUCAUUGACCACUACAUUCAGGAAUACCUUCCAGUUUACUGUAACAGUGAGUGACCAGUCAAACCCUGAAAAGACAACCUCGACUAACUGCUUUUUCACAAUCCUACGUGACACUUGCCCACCAGAGUUUAUACGCCAACCAUUCCAAGUCACUGUUGACGAGUGCCUCCCAGAAACGGCAAGCGUGUAUACAGUGACGGCCACAGACUGUGACCUCCAGGGCUCGUUGGUUUAUAAUGUCUACCCGAACUUCGCCACUGAUGAUCUGAGGGCUCAGUAUUAUUUCUCUAUUAACAACAAUGGUGAAAUCAGGGUGCGGAAUAACCUUCGAACUGAGUCUACUGUUUCCACCACAUAUGAGUUUGUGGUGCGAGCCUAUGACAGUGUUUUCCCUGAUGCAACAGGCACAGCGACAGUCACUAUUACAGUUGGUCGUAACCCCAGUGCUCCUGCGUUCGAUUCUAACUCGUACCAGGCAAACGUUGAUGGCUGCCUGUGUUCAGACACUAAGGCUGUUUCCAUCUUGAACAUUAGUGCAACAGAUACAUGUAAUGACCGGGUACACUACUCAUUUGUGCCUCAGAGUGAAGUAUUUAACCAGAAUAUCAACAGAGGCUUGGACUUCUUCUACAUCAGUGAGUUCACAGGCCAGGUCUUCAUCAAGCAGCCUUUGUAUCUUGAUCAGCUGCAGGAAACCAGAUUCACUAUGCAAGUUCAGGCAAGAGACCAGCGUUUCCCCAACGAAAAAUCAUCGGUAGUUCCUUUGACAGUGUUCGUGUCGCGUCAGUGUGACACGCUAUCUUUUAUUAAUCAGCCUUACAGCAGGGUGGUGUCAGAAAACACCGCUGUUGGAACAACUGUAUUCACCGUUGAUGCCAGGGACAGCACGGCAACUGGCCUUAUACAAUACAGGAUUACUGGGGAUAGCAGCGGACCCUAUUACUUUGCUAUCAACAGUGUAACUGGAGAUAUUUUCGUCCAGAACCUUCUCAACACAGAUAAAUUCACUAACAGUUACACUGUACGAGUGGAAGCCUAUGACAUAGACUGCAGAACACAGGUUGCCGAGGCCCAAGUGAACAUCCAGGUCAUAUGUAACGAAAAUGGCCCAGAAUUCCCCCAGUCCACCUAUCGGGUCACUAUCAAUGAGACAGCCACCAUCGGAAACUGCUUCCUCACCCUGGCAGCCUCUGACCAAGACCAGGAUGCCAUCACCUAUAGCACUGCCUCCAACUUAGACUUCUUCAGCGUGGGAGUCGAUUCUGGGGCUCUCUGUCUACGCAAUACCCUACUAAAUGAUAUACAGACAGAGUACACGGUUAGAGUGGUUGCCAGUGACAACAGUGAGUGCAACCCUAAGACAACUGUGACGGAUGUGAUAAUAACAGUUACACGAGACCAGUUCCCUCCCUUCUUCCUUAACACGCCAUAUUCUACCACCAUUCUUCAGUGUAACAAUAUUGGAGGAUUUGUCUUCAAUGUCAAUGCCACAGAUCGCGAUCUUGCUGGCAGAAUCCAGUAUUCUCUGAUUGGAGACUACCCAGCCCCAAGCUUCUUCAGUGUGGACCCAUUCAGUGGAAUUGUCACCACGACAACAACUCUUCUCCGAGACAUCAACUUUGCCUCCGUCUACACUGCACGAGUGACGGCCAUUGACAAUGUUCGACCAAAUUUGGUUGCUACAGCAACUGUUGCCAUCAGUGUGAUAUGUAACCCAAGUGCCCCCGUUUUCACGCAGUGCGUAGGGGCAACCAUUCCAGAAUCUACUGCAGUUGGCUCUGUAUUGUUUAAUGUUUCUGCAAAUGACUUUGAUUCAAAUGAUGGGGUUACCUACUACCUAGCAUCUCAAUCAUCCAACAUUCGAUAUUUCUUCGUGGACAAAUUUACUGGCCAAGUUUGGCUUACACAGUCACUUGUAGGCUCAACCCUCUCUAGGGUGUUUUUGACAAUCACAGCGUGUGACAGCGGAGUUCCACAAAGGUGCUCAAACACUACAUGUGGCGUCUCUGUAGUAACUUGCCCAACUACCCCACCCACCUUCAUCAGCGAGCCGUAUGACCGAACUAUCCCAGAAUCCACAGUUGUGGGUAGUGCCAUCCUGUCCGUUACAGCAACUGACCAGUCCGUCCUGGGAAGCCGAGUGUAUGAGGCGAUGACAACGACUUAUCCCUUUGCUCUUGAUAGAAACACAGGCAUCAUCACCCUGCAGUUUGAUAACCUGUAUUAUGGACCAGAAGUGUACUCAUUCCGUGUUCGAGCCUACGACACUGCAUGCACCCUUUAUGACGAGAGUCUUGUGACUAUCCGCAUCACUAAGAACCCAAGUGGGCCUGUGUUUACACGAGAUUAUUCUACCAACGUCCAAUGCAAUCUCUCCCCUGGUAGCCUCAUCCUCAACACAACGGCAGUGGAUUCUGAUGGGGAUGUAGUCCGCUACUACUUGACAGAUAUUGUGGGGUCAGAAUAUUUCUACAUCACAGCUGAUUUCGGACAGAUUUACCUCCGAAGAUCUCUGACUGGCUCUAACAACCAAUUCUCAUUCCGGAUCAGCGCCUCAGAUCAACGCAACCCUGAGCGUGUUGGCACAACCAACGUGUUCAUCAAUGUACGAUGUGACAGUGGACCACCAUUUUUCGUCAAUGAGCCAUACACAUUCACUAUUUGUGAUAACCCUGUGGAUACUGUGGUAUAUGAGAGGGUUAGGGCCCAGGAUAAUGAUAUUCAGGGAAGCCUCCGUUAUGAGGUGUAUGGUAAUUUCCCAGCACCGUCAUUCUUCACAGUAGACUCGACUAAUGGAAACAUCCGGCUUAUCAGGAGUCUGGCUGAAGAUGUCCUAAGCAGGUCAUCUUACACGUUGUCGUUACUGGUGUACGACACUGCCUACCCAGAUGCAAGGGACACGACUGAUGUCAUAAUCAACGUAAUUUGUGGUGAUACUUGUCCCCAAUUCCGACCUUCUUCAACAUAUAGAACUUCUGUAUCUGAGAACAGAGCUGUUGGGACAGAAAUACUCAAUGUCAAUGCAUUUGAUGCUGAAAAUAAUGUGGUUCGCUACGACCUUGUGAAUGGAACCAAUUCAGCCCUUACAUAUUUCUACCUUGACCCAGCAACUGGUGCUGUGCUUGUGCGAGAUGACCUUGUUAGAGAUCCAUUUAUUAGUCGCUAUUUGCUGACAGUUCGAGCUGUGAGUCGGGAGUGUGUUGUAUACGCAACAGUGGAGAUUCUUGUUAACCGUGAGGUUUUUGAGUGUCCGUUCUUUACCAAUACACCAUACAGGCGCACAAUAUUCUCAUCCCAGGCUCUUAAUCAAACACUCGUAACUGUAUCUGCUGGGGCUAGAAACCUGGUCGGUCAGAUCCGUUUCCGUACUCUUGGCUAUUUCCCAGCAACAGAUUACUUCCGAAUUGACGAAGUAAGUGGAGCAGUCACCAUGUACCGCACAAUUCAAGACCGUCUUACCUGCACUCAGGUUUAUGUACUUACUGUCGAAGCUUACGACAAUGCCUUCCCUAUCAACGCUGAGCGAUGUACUGAAGACAUCUACAUUGAAGUGAACUGCAAUCCUAACCCCCCUGUUGUGAACUCCUUCUACUCUGAAUCUGUAUGUGAGACAAUCGGCCUUGGCGCCAACAUUGUGUGCGUCAGUGCAACUGAUCAGGAUGGCGACCUUAUCUCAUACGAGAUGAUUGAUGACCAGAACAACUUCCAGACCCAGUUUGCCUCAGACUUUUUCUAUUUGACGUCCAAUGGCUGUGUUUAUGUGCAGCAGGUCCUCACAGAGUCACUUAGAGAUACAUACACAUUUACCGUAAGAGCACGUGAUGAUGGAUACCCACAGAGGUUUGUGGAGACCACGGUUCAGAUUGUUAUCCUGCGUGAUGCGACAGCACCUGUGUUUGAUUAUCAAGAUGGCAACUGCAUCACUGUGUCACAGAGAGCUAUUGUCAAUGGAUCCUUACCCAUUCUGUCUGUCAGAGCAACUGAUUCAGACCUUCAGGGCGAGAUUGUUUAUGAAGCCUAUGGUGACAGCUUGGCUCAGUAUUACUUCAUGAUUAACCAGCUUGGGCAGAUCUUCGUGAGAAACAGUCUAACUGCUGCAAGAUACGGCACAUACAACUUGAGAUUGAGAGCGUAUGACAACUACUACCCCUGUGAUCCCAGCUACCCUCGUAACUAUGGUUACACAACUGUGUGCAUCCAAGUAGAGUGCCAGACCAGUGUUUCACUCGGUCAGACCAGUUUUCAGUUCAACAUUAAUGAGAACUACCCACUUGGAAAUACCAUCGUAAACUUCGGAGACAUAGGGGGUCUGCCACUUCACUACCAGCUUGUCCCAACAAAUGGCAAUGACUCGGACUACUUCUAUGUGAAUUACUACACUGGAGAAUUUUCACUGCGCCGAAUUCCCAAUCCAAAUGCCAAUUCAUACAGAAUGACCGUUGAGGGCACUUACAACCAAGGCAUUUGUUCACUGACCACAACUGCUACAAUUAAUGUCAUAGUUACAAGAAAUCAGUCUCCACAGUGUACCCAGCAGAACAGAAUAGCUAUCAGUGAUUCCACAAGUAUCGGGACCAGGGUGUACACAAUGUCCGCCAGUGACCAGGACAUGGUGGGCACAAUGAUGUAUCGAGUGAUUGGGGAUACAUAUGGGCCAGGAUUCUUUACAGUUGAUCCAAGUACAGGAGUUGUUACCUCAAAUGCUAAUCUCAGAGAGGACUACCACACCACUUACACACUACGAGUUCUCGCCUACGACUCUGCCCUGCCCGAUGACACUUGUGAGAUGACUCUGGUGGUUACUGUGACAAGGAACCCCAACACUCCAGUGUGUCGGGGAACACCGUACAGCGUGACAUUGCCAGAAAACACCGCCGUUGGAACCGUUGUGCUCAAUGUCACUGCUACUGAUGCUGAUGGGGACUCUAUCCGGUACACUUUGUUAGAGGAGGGCGUGGCCUGGGACCGAUUUUACCUUCACCCGGAGAUUGGUCAGAUCUACUUGACCUCUUCCCUCCUGACUCUCUCCACCUCUGAGAUCAUCCUAACAGUACGAGCCUCAGACCAGGCAAUCCAAGCCAAGUUUUCUGACUGUCGGGUGACUAUCAACAUUGUAAGGGAUGAGAAUCCUCCUGUGUUCAUGAACCAGCCAUACAAGGUGAAGAUCUGUGACGACCAGCCGCUCAACCAGACCUUCUUCUCAGUGUCUGCCCUUGACAGAGAUCUUUCUGGUGUGCUUGUGUAUGAAACGAUCGGCAUCUACCCAGCUGAGGCCUUCUUUGGGAUCCGAACUAAUGGCUCAGUGUAUACUUACCGCUCCUUGAAAGACGAUGCCAUAGGCCGUGAAAGCUACACUCUGCGUGUGACUGUUUAUGACUCUUUCAACCCUCGUCGCAGAGAUACUGCGGAUGUUUUAAUCUUUGUUUGCCGCAACCAGAACGCCCCUGAGUGGACAGAAUUUGAGUAUUCAGCAAUAGUCACUGACAACUGUGAGAGUCUUGGAAAACCUGUGCUUCAAAUCAGUGCUACUGAUGCCGAUGGGGAUGCUGUGUCUUACUGCAUGGUUGAUGACAUGACUUAUGACCGGCUUGAUAAUAUGGCUGCUUCUGAAUUCUUCUAUCUGGCCAACGAUGGACACAUUUACAUCCAGAAAUCUAUCAGAAAUGCCCCACACAUUACAUACAAGUUUUCUGUAUGCGCCAAAGACAAUGGUCUCCCAUCAAGGACAAGCUAUGCUAAGGUGACAAUAACCGUCACAAGUGCCCAUCAGCCCAUGUUUGUAGACACACCCUAUUCCACAACCGUACAGGAGAAUGUAGACAAUGGAACAUGCAUCUUUGAUGUCAUGGCAACAGAUCCCGAUGGAAUGGGUGAUAUCAUGUAUGAGGUUGUUGGUUCCGGUCCUGCGGCCAGCUUCUUCACCGUUGACAACCAUGGUCGCAUUUGCACAAGAGGACCUCUGUACACUGCCAGGAAUUUGGUCUACACGCUGUGUGUUGUUGCCUAUGACAGUACCAGUUCAUGCCAGCGAGCCCAAGCAUGUGUGUCUAUAAAUGUCCUGAGGAACAUCAACCCACCUACCUUCAAUCCCGACCAUUACUACACCAGAGUCUCCGAGUGCACUGCCGUUGGCACAUCCCUUAUCAGUGUUACGGCCUCAGAUCUGGACUUGAAGGAUAAUGCCUGUUUGACAUACUCAUUGACUGGCAUGGAUGGAAGCCGAUGUGAUGAGAUGCUCUACGUUCACCCAACAACUGGCGUUGUGCACCUGGGACACAGUCUCUGUGACAUGGAAAUAGAUGCUCUACAGUGUAUGGUGGUUGUUGAAGACAAUGGGUACCCGCGCAGUAACCGUGCAAGCGCCGUUGUGAUGGUUGCUGUGGAGGGGGUUGCUAGGUGCGGUGUGGAGGGUUGCUACCAAGAGCACGUUCCACUGCCAGUGUUCACUUGUAAUCAUUACUACCUGGUCACUAUUCCUGAGGACAGGGCUGUUGAUACCGUCAUCAUUAAUGUUGAGGCUCAUCGGGAAGGCCUGCUGGGUCGCAUUGCAUAUGUGGAGGUUGGUGAUUACCCAGGCGACGUGUUCUUCAACAUUGACGAGGUUACAGGAGCAGUCAGUGUUGAGCGUGACCUCAGAACAGAUGGACUCAGGCUCAGCACUUACACGCUACGUGUUGCUGCCUAUGACACGGACAUGCCAGACUUCCGCUCCACUGCAAUAGUGUACAUCACGGUUCUGCGUAACGUCAAUGCCCCCCAGUUCUACCCUCCCAUAUAUCGUGUCAUCAUUGAUGAACAGACUGAUGUUGGCCAGUACAUUCUUUCGCUGAAUGUCUCCGAUCCUGAUGGUGACCAUCUGAGUUGCAUGUUAGUCAGCGAAGACGGUGUGCCGGUGACUGCCGUGUCCAGCCCAUACUUCCACAUUAACGAGGAGGCAUGUGCCGUGUAUGUCAACAGGGACCUCCAGACUGACCCCACAGACCAACAGGAAUAUGUGCUAUCUGUGAGAGCAACAGAUAAUCACCCGACAGUGCCCCAGGUAGCCAUGACAACCGUGUACGUUACGGUACUCCGGGACAUUGCUGCUCCACGAUUCACCAACCUGCCGACCUCCAUCAAUGUUGACGAAAACAGAGACGUUGGAAGUGUUGUGUACACUGUUACUGCUGUUGAUGACGAUCUGGAGGGCCGUAUUGUGUAUGCACUUGUUGGAGAGUUCCCCGUGCAGAGUUAUUUCAACCUGAACACGAGCACGGGAGCUGUCAGACUCCAGUACAGCCUUCUGUCUGACUCCCAACAAAACACCGUAUACACUGCCCGAUUUAUAGCCUAUGACAGUGCUAACCCAGGUCAGAGAGCCCAGUCAACUUUGAAUAUCCGUGUUGUACGAAAUGAGAAUGCGCCUGUGUACAACCCAAGUGUAUACAGGGAGACCAUCGCUGACACAUUCACUGUGGGACAACCUGUUGUCAAACUGACAGCAUCGGAUGCUGAUGGGGAUGGUAUUUUCUAUGUCAACAAUGGUGAUUCAGUCGAUCAGGAGUUCUUCUACUUGGCGCCUGAUGGCCAGAUCCUUCUGAGAAAGACACUGAUUGGAGAGUUCAGGAAUGAAUUUACAUUCACCAUCACUGCCCUAGAUAACCGCCCCCAGAUGGUGCAGCGUUCAGCUGAGGCAAGCGUUACCAUCAAUGUGCAGCGUGAUAGCGGACCACCACGUUUCGUCAAUGCCCCAUACUCUGUGUCCAUUCCCAUCAACCAGGACGUUAACACUACAAUCUUCACUGUCAGUGCUGUAGAUGAUGACUUGAAGGGCCAGUUAGUAUACAGACUGGAUGGUUUCCCAGUGAGCUCCAGUUACUUUGGUCUCAAUGUUGCCAAUGGAAACAUUUUCGUCAGGAGCAGCCUCAUCAACAAUUAUGCAAACGUCUACCAGUCGUACACAUUGCUGGUGACGGUAUAUGACAGUGGCUCCCCUUUGUUGGAGGUCCAGACAACCGUCACAAUAACCAUCAACCGAAACCUGCACAGCCCCAUCUUCCAGAGGCAGAACUAUGAGGCCACAGUCUAUGACUACGAACCAGUCGGCUCUGCAGUGGUUGUUGUCAAUGCGACUGAUGCUGAUGUAACCAGUCCAGAAAAUCUGGUCAUGUAUGACAUUGUGUCAACAAGUUCCAUCUCUGUGGCCCCAUUCGCCAUUCAUCCCAUCUCUGGUCUGAUCACCAUUAGCAGAGAACUUGGCUCAGAAACGCUGAACAAUUAUAGGUUGAUUAUAUCUGCGGAGGACCUGAGCUACCCAUUCCGCAGUGCGUCUGCCACAGUGAAUAUCGUUGUAAUCAGAAACAACAACUCUCCGAGUUUCUCCCGAACAACCGUUUACGAUGUCACCGUCAACGAGGAUCAAUCAAUCUUUGAUUCAAUCCUGGUUGUCACGGCAACAGACCCUGACGAGGGCAGGAAUGGGAAUAUCAGAUAUUCGGUUGUCAAUGUGACUGUCAUGGAUAAUGUCUUUGGAAUAAAUCCUGUCACUGGAGAGAUCUACACAAGAGUUUCACUUCAGGGUGUUGCUGAGGAUAUUUAUACGUUCGAAGUAAUGGCCAGUGACAACGGCAUUGUGCCACGUACAGCGGUGAUCCAAGUUACGAUACGUAUCACCCGAGAGGGCGCCCCCUACUUCCCAGACUAUGAAUACGAGGUCACCAUCCCCGAGAACACAAGAGUCAAUACAGAAAUCAUAACUCUUGCAGCAGUCAACCCAGGAUCUUCGGUACCCCUGGUGUACGAGAUAACAAACGAGAGUGAUGCUCCUGACCAGUUCUCCAUCAAUUCUGCCAAUGGACGCUUGACUCUUGCUCAGUCUCAAGAGGGCAAGGAUGUGUAUGCAUACCUGGUACGUGUUACGGCAACCAGGAGAAAUCAGCCAACUUCUGAAGCACAUGCAAUAGUGCGGAUUUAUGUGACCAGGAACAGUGCACCACCCUCCUUCCAGCAUGGGGAUCUUGUGUACAACCUCAGUGAGGACCAGCCCCUGGGCGUGUCCUUUGGAGAAGUCAUAGCAAGUGAUGUGAACUUUGGAGCGAAUGGUGAGAUCUGGUACAGUAUUACUGGUACUCAAGCCAUACCUGCAGAGGCAGUGGAGUAUUUCUAUGUGGACAUGAACACCGGUCUUCUCACCACCAUCAAACGCCUUAGUGAGGAUCCUGACCUACCCAACAGUUAUGUGUUUUAUGUGGUGGCCUCAGACCGAGGAGUGCCGAGUUUGUCAUCAUCUGUCCGUGUAACUGUCAACGUUAUCCGGAACAGGAAUGCCCCAGUUUUCCGGGACGAUGCAUAUGAAAUCACCAUUAGUGAGUUCACAGGUGUUGGCAGGAGCGUACUGCAAGUGAUUGCUGAUGAUGCUGACAAUCAUGUGGUUACAUACUCGGUAGUAUCUGGAUCAUUCAGCACAUACUUCACCAUCAACUCUGGUACCGGUGUGAUCAGCGUGAGUGGCGACCUCACUCAGAGUGGAAUCUCCACUUUCGUGAUGACAGUUGAGGGCAGAGACAAUCCUGGCUCCACAGCUGUUUCCCGGGCUUCUCGUGUUGUAGUAACAAUCAUAAUUACCCGUAACCCCAAUGGUCCGGUGUUUUCCCGCACUAACUACAAUGCCACCAUCUCCGAGUACCUUGGCGUGGACCAGAAUGUUAUACAAGUUCUGGCGACCGAUAAUGAUCUCCCGGUUACUGGCAGUGGACUUGUACAGUACAGUAUUGUUGCGAGCACCUACACACCGCCGAAUGGCUUUGGCCAGUUUGCCAUCGACAGCGAGAUUGGUCUCAUCACCCUUAGUCAACCUCUCACAAGGAACAAUGUGCCGGAUAUAUUCAGGCUAACCGUCGUGGCGAAGGAUGGAGCGUGGCAACCUAAGUCAGCAACAGCAACUGUGACGGUGAACAUCAUCCGUAACAACUACACUCCAACUUUUGGCCAAACAGAAUACAGGGCCACGAUUUCUGACCAGUGGUCAGUGGGAGAUAAACUUUUUGUUACAACAGCCACUGAUGCCGAUCGUACCAUUACUGUCAGCCGAGAUACGCCUAAUGCAGAGUUUGACUACAGUAUUGAUUCACAGAACACAGAUGCAAAUACGUUCUUCUACAUGUCAGGAGACGGCACACUGCAAGUGAGAAGGUCACCCCUGCAGACAUUCGGAACAAGGACAUUCCAGUUUGACAUUAUUGCUCAAGACAGAAGUUGGCGACCCAGAGCUGGUCGAGCCACAGUGACAGUCACUGUCUCAUACACGGAUAUCAAUCGCUCUGUGGGCUUCAGACUGCCUGCCAAGUACAUUGAGAUCUCUGAGAGCCUAGUUAACGCCACUGUUCAGGAUAUCACACUUACAACACUCGACGUGAUCAACUAUAGUAAUGAUCUCAACCUUGUCUGUGAAAUUCUGGAGGUCAACAGGAUCAACUAUAAUAAUCCAUCAGUAUCUGGUUUAUUUGCUGUGAACACAAAUGCAAACAACCAGGACUGUGACCUGCGUGUGACUGGUCGUCUGGAAGCCGAGGUAACAAGGACAUGGAACAUCACCAUAGCCGUGCGUCAAGUCAGCAGAGGAAAGAGACAAAUCGAACUGAUGCCUGUGUACCCAGCAUAUGCUAUCACAUACGUGUACUUGACUGUGCUGGAUGCCAAUGAUAACAGCCCGGUGUUCCAGUACCCGGUAUACCCAAGCAUCUCUAACAGCGGAAACAACAGAAUAGACACAAACUUCUACAUUGGGGCCAUCCCUCAGUAUAACUCUGGAAAAUUUGUGCCCGUCCAACUAAUGGCUACAGAUGCCGAUCUGUAUGAUCUUGGCCGUGUAACAUACAGCAUUUCUACUAAUGACAUCAACAACAAUGCUUUGCCAUUCUCUGUCAAUGUCAUCGAUGGUCACAUCAGAGCUAUGCAGGAGUUUACCAGGAACGAUGUAACGAACCAGUACAGGUUUACAGCCACUGCCUCGGACAACCCUGACAACUCUGAUCUACAGAGGUCUACUGAAACUAACGUCAUCAUUGAUGUGAUCCAGUCGGUGAACCGUUUCGUCAUGGUUUUGAACACCAACACGACAAGGGUCAGCACCAAUCUCGAACUGAUCCGUCGGGGAAUGCAAAGUGCUAUUGGCAGAAUUGUCCUCAUCGAGGGUUUGAACUACCGUCGCACGUUGACCUCUGGAAUCCUGGGAUUGAACCAGCAGGAGACAGAUGUGACCUUUGUGGUCGUCAAUCACUUGAACAACUAUCUCCUGUACUCAAACAUCAAUAAUGACCUGAAUCUGAUCUCCUCAAACAAUGACGUCGUCAACAGAAUUCGACAGGCCAUUAGCAACUACGCCUUACUGGAAGAGAUCAGAGGACCAAUUGCUGCUGAUGUCAUCAUAGGAGUGUCAGACGAGCUGUUAUCAGUAGGAAGUCGCCCAAGCAAGUCGUACGUCUGGUGGGCUGAAGACCCGUGGGCAGGCUUUGUGGCCCUCUCCUGUAUUAUCAUCAUCCUUGGGCUAAUCUCCAUCAUCAUUCUCCUGAAUCAGUGGAGCAGGUACACGACCUACCUGUCUAACUACCGUCAGUACCGGUACUCAAAAUACACAUCUGUACACGCCCCUGACUUUGACUCCUCUCCCAAGUUCCUGCAUGAGUACGAGGCUCAGCCUCAGUAUAGAACUGCUGGACAAGGAAAUGCUGUGUUCAUUCCUGAAGAGGAGGCUGUCAGUCAGGGCGUAGCAAACCCUGCCUACGACAAUGCUGAGUACAGAAUCGAGACAGAUGUACAAAGAAUUGUCCAUUACUAGAUCAACAGCCACUAAAUGUACAGGAAGGGAAUAAAAAAGUCACUGAAAAUAACAACUUAAAAAUGGACAUUUGUUUUGAAAAUGUUGUGCAUUUUUUAUAUUUAGAUACCGAUUCUUGUUGACUUUUGCUCAUCCUGUUUAAUAAAAAACAACAGUGACAAUUUGGUUCUUACAUAUAAAUGACUGAUACGAAAGAUGUAAAGUGUAGCCUAAAGUUCCUUCCAUUUAAUCAGAUUCUCCUAUAAAUAGCCUUCAUUUACCAUAGUAUAUUCUAUAUUGUAUUAGCCAAGUGUGAGUAGAACAAAGUGUAUAAAUCAAAAUCUGUAACCAGCUUACAUUUUGACAAUUGAACUGGUACCAUUAUGUUAUCAAUGUUUGAAAAAAUAUUGUAAGUUCUGUACUUAUUAUUAUUCAUAUACAUUUUUUUCCCUUUUUCAUGCUCAGUAAAUUUUUAUAAAAUGAUUAAUUUCUAUUUGCUCAGUUGUUGCUAUUUACCUAUACAACUUGCAACUGUUUUGUAUAUUUUUAUUUUUGAUAUAUUUUACUUAGAAAACUUACACAUAUGAAGAUAUAUUAUAACAUGGCAUUCUUGAACCAUAUUGUUCAAUGUCAAACUACUCCCAGAAUAGUGCUUUCAUGUGAAUGCAUAAUAAAUCUUAUAAUAAAAUUAUUAAUCCAU